AUGGAUACUAAGGCCCCAACUGCCAGUCGCAAUCCGAGCAAGGACCGCUUCAAGUUGGCCCGUUUCCCUACGAUUCGACCCGCUGCGCCCACUCUUCUCUCCACCUCUCUAAACGGCGCGGCUCCCGCACUUCACGCGAAUAUUCACGGCGUCCUCCUCUCCCGCCUCGACGCGCCCGCGUCAUCCCCCUCUCUCACCCGUCCUUCCGUCGAUUGCUCACUGGAAUGGACAUCGCCCGCGCAGGCUCCUGACCGUUCCUCCGCUGCGCCACUCCGCUUCCCUCAGGAAAUAUUCCCCCCACAUUCCGCAAGCGCGCUCUCCGACCACUCCGCGCGCGCGGCAGCGGGCGAGCCACGUCUCUCCAACUUCUUACCACCUCCUCCCCCCGAGUCGGCCCCGCUCGACACCCGUGGCGCGCCCACCAGAGCGUCGCCUCGAAGUCGCGCCAUCGCUGGUCGUAGCGCGUCGCUUCCGGAAUCCGCGUCGCGUGACGCGAUCGCGCGAGCGUCUCUGCCGAAGCGAUGGCUGUCGAGUCCCUCUCUUCCCCUGCUCGAAUCUUCCAGUUUUGACGCUAAUUCCCGGUCGGACGGGCGACAGCAGUGCGCGCAGCCGAUGCGGGACUAUUCAUUCGUGCCUUCGUGCGCCGAUGCUGUAGCACGCGUUGGUGCUGCGCACUUGCUCCGCCAGACCCUGCCGCCCGCAGCGACGCUCCACGCGCCGGGAAUCCGGCCGGAGGGGGAAGGGGUGUUGCGGCGGCAGCGGUCGCUUCCGCGAAGUAUCACUUGUUGCUAA